CGUGCUGACGUCAGGGCGUGCGCGCCCCCGCCUGGAGGCCUGCGCGGUUACCGAGCGGCGCGCGCAGCCUGGGCAGCGCCUGUGAGGAGCCGCCGCCGUCCCGGGGAACCGGGCCGGGCCCAGCCGAGCCGGGCGCCGCCGCGGGGUUAUGAGGCCGGGCGCCGCCGCCUCCCCCCCGUGAGGAGCAGCGGGCCCGUAGCGGCGCGGGGAGCGCGCGAGGCGCCGGGGCCGCCCCGCGACAGGAAGCCAUUUUGUGGGCCCCCUCCUCCUCCUCCUUCUCCUCCUCCUCCUUCCUCCUCUCCUUCCUCCUCCUCCUCCUCGCCGCCGCCCUCCCGAGCGGCGCGGCCGGUGCUGCCGGCCGGGGUGGGCGGGCGGAGCCGCGGCGGGGGCGCCCGGUGAGCGAGGGCGGCGGGGGGGGCGAGCGGGGGGCCGGAGCGGGCGGCGGCGGCCGCCGCGCCUCCCCAUGGCGAAGAAAACCUACGACCUGCUCUUCAAGCUGCUCCUCAUCGGGGACUCGGGGGUCGGCAAGACCUGCGUGCUCUUCCGCUUCUCCGACGAUGCCUUCAACACCACCUUCAUCUCCACCAUCGGGAUAGACUUCAAGAUUAAAACCGUUGAAUUACAAGGAAAGAAGAUCAAGCUACAGAUAUGGGACACAGCGGGGCAGGAGCGAUUUCACACCAUCACCACCUCCUACUACAGAGGUGCCAUGGGGAUCAUGCUAGUAUAUGACAUCACCAAUGCCAAGAGCUUUGAAAACAUCAGCAAGUGGCUCAGAAACAUAGAUGAGCAUGCCAAUGAAGAUGUGGAGAGGAUGCUGUUAGGAAACAAGUGUGACAUGGAAGAUAAGAGAGUUGUCCCUAAAGCAAAAGGCGAACAGAUUGCUAGGGAGCAUGGUAUUAGGUUUUUCGAAACUAGUGCAAAAGCAAAUAUAAACAUUGAGAAGGCAUUCCUCACAUUAGCAGAAGACAUUCUUCGAAAGACCCCUGUAAAAGAGCCCAACAGUGAAAAUGUAGAUAUCAGCAGUGGAGGUGGGGUGACGGGCUGGAAGAGCAAGUGUUGCUGAACCUUCUCCUAUAUCACCAAUCGCCAUCCACCGCCCCUUUUUUCUCGCUGCAAAACAAACCACUCUGCCCGUUUUUAACCUUAAACCAAUGUUUUUGUUCCUCAUCUUAACCAGCUCCUGUCUCCCUUUGUUUCUCCGUUUAGGACAGCUUGCGUACUAUAAUUUUUCUCAACACCAUGUAUAGGAAAAUCAUCUCCGUGACUUCAUUUUCUCAUGUACCUGCUCAACUUACCACUACGUUUUGGUUGUAUUAUAGUCCCGUUCCUCCUGACAUUAAAACAUAUAGCAAUCAUAUUCAACUCUCUUCUGCAAAUUGUAUAAGAAUAAAAGUUAGAAUUAACAAUUUAUUUUGUACAACAGUGGAAUUUUCUGUCAUGGAUAAUGUGCUUGAGUCACCGUACUCUCUAGACGCAUCAGCAAAAGAGCCAGGAAAACACUCAUUUUCGCCUUGAGUAUGUGAAUGGGGUUUAUUUUGUCCUGUGCCUUAUGUGGAAAGGAACUUUUUGUUUUCACUCUCUUUUUUUUUUUUUUUUUAAUUUCUUUUCUUCUGGUGGAAGCAUGUGCAGGAGACAUACCAUCCAUACUUGACCAUUUUAAAAUACUGAACUCUUUCGUGAUUGCUUUCUGUAAUUGUUGGUGUAACGCAUCGAGGACAAAGGGUGGUGCGAAAAAAAAAAAAUAUUACAUUUACUCUGCUGUGUCUCCUUUUUGGUGAUCUAGCCAUUCAGAACUGUUCCCGCUGCCAUUUUUUUCCCCCCCUCACUUGCGGCUCUUUCCUUUUUGCCUGCAUGCUGCUUUUAUUUGCAUUUCUUCAUGGUGUGAUGUGUUAAUUAAAAGGAUGGCAACGUGGUAUGUUUGCCAAAAACUUUAAUACAAAGCACUGAGUUAGCUUUCAAGGUAAAAAUGUUGAAGAUACCUACUAAUUUCCCUCUAGCCGAUGUCGGUUCACUAGUAUCUCUUCUCUCUCCUCCUGCAUAGCCGUUGGGUUUUAUGAUAUGGAAGAGUUAUUUGCAUGCACUAGUUUUCUAUGGAGGGUGAUGUGGUUGUCUACUUUAUGUGUAUGAAUAUAACAUGCCAUCCCCAAACUGACAGCAGUUAACGUGGACUUUUCAGUUCUCUCUUCCUGUUUUAGCCGCUCCAACAAGCUCUUCGCUGGCCUGCCCGAAGGCUGAGCGAAACUGCGAUUUACGAAAAACAAACAAAAAGUUGGCAGUUUAAUUUAUUACCUCCCUGAAAACUUCCCGUUUCCCGGUGUUGAAAGCGGAGUCCGUUGGUCCUCGGGUCGGUCUCGCCGGGGGCGAGGGGGUGCCAGCAGGGCUGCCCAGCCCCCCCGGGCGCCACCGCAGCUCCCCCAUUCCUGCCAGGAAGGGGGUGAGGGACAACCCUGUCCCCCCAGCGCUUGCGCGUUCGCUUGCCUCGCCUUUGAAAUACCCCGGAGGAGACCUGCCCCGGCCAAGGACAAAAAGAGAUUGUUUUUUGAAUAGAUGCUUCUUCCUCCCCAGGCCUCCCCUUCUCCUUUAGAGUCGGCCAAGGCCCUGCCUCGCUCCUGCCCGCUUGGCUUUGGGGCCGUCUCCGGUCAGUAACUGAAGUAGUACAGAACGCUGUGGUUUAAUUUUAAUGAAAUGACGGUGUUUUAACAUGGAACUUCGAGUCUUGAAUGCCUUCCCCUGUCGUGACUUGACCGAGGUGUCGUCUCCCUUUUCCCUCUGUAUUCCGGUGUUUUGUCUCGGCGCGUGUUGCCCCUUCCCAGGCCAGGGGCUCCUGGGGCCGGGCUGGGCGCUGUGGAAUGCGGCCACCUUUUGGUUAAAUCUGCACUUUCUAAUGUUAUCAAAAAGGGAAAAAAAAAUGGAGAAAUAUACAUCAAGGGUUGUUUUGUUGGUUUUUUUUGUUUUGUAUGAUCCUUGUUUUAAACAUGAGCUUUUUAUUUGCUUCCAGGGGCGCGGCUCCCUCUGUGUAACCCCCCCGGGAUCCCUUGUAGUCGCUGUGUUUGUUGCAAGCCAACAGGUAGAGGACAGGCCCCUGGCUGGUACUACUCGCUCCCACCUCCCUUUCCUCUGCGCCUUCCCCAGUUAAUAAACGGAACUCUUUCUACAUGGUCUGCUCCUGGUCCUAUGAAAACCGUGAGUUUUAACCGCGGGGCUUGGCUUUGUCUUGUGUUGGUGGAGUGCAAGGCCCAGCCCAGGAGGGAGUGAGCAACAAAAGUCGAUACAGAUGCUAAAAAGGAAAAAAAAAAAAUAAAAAAUUUAUAAUAAUAAUAAUAAUAAUCAUGUUGGAGGAAUUUGCAGUAACUUCUAUUUCUAAACUCCCUGCUAGCUUAGCACACUAACCGCUUGUGAAACCUGCCCUGCCCUGGGUGUGGGAUCCAGCCGAGAGAAGGAUGCGGCAGCAGCGUUCCCCGCGCCAGCCCCCCUGCCCGCCGCAGGAAGGCUCAGUGCCACCGUUCUGUCACGGCACAAAAGUUAUAACUUGAUUAAAUUGGUCACAAUAAACGAAAAGCCGGGGCUGAAUCUCUCCUCCAGGUGUGUGUUAACCCCCGGAGCUGCCAGGGCCGAGCGGGGCAGGGGGAACCGCGGCGCUUCCCACUUGGACGGUGGAAAAACAGCAUCAACUUAAGGUCUAGGAUUAAUUCCCAUGCCUACGAUUUUUUACUUAAUCUUUUAAUAUUUUUGCUACUCCACUCUGGCUUUUUAUUUAAAACACAUUCUUUUGUACCACUUACUGUAUCAAAUUGUAUAAAAGAUCACUGUCCCAUUCUUGGUCAUACCAAGAGCAAAUAAAAGCUUUUAUAAACUUGCA